AUGCACUUCCUCAAGUAUACCCUCGUUGGUGCGAUUGCACUUGCGAGCCUGGUCGUUGCUCAGGCUCCACGCUUAGCAUUCACAAGGACACCUACCGAAGUCACCGCAGGUCAAUCAGUCACGAUCCAGUACACAACACAAAACCUGACCCAGCCUGCAACUAUCAUGCUGAGAAAGGGCAACCCUUCUAAUCUGCAGGAUGUCUCGACCCUGACCAACAAUGCUCUGAAUGGUAGCUACACUUGGAUCCCUGACAGGUCACUUGACAAUGCCAGCGACUACGCUCUCCAGAUUACCCAAGGCUAUGAGAUCAACUACUCUGGAACGAUCACCCUCAUUGGUGGUAACCCCGCCGCUGUGUCUUCGGCCAAGUCAGCAAGCUCGUCGUCUCAAGCAGCCGCAUCGUCCUUGACAGCCUCCGCCGUCUCGAGCAUCGAGUCUGUUAUCGCAAGCUACAACUCGUCGUUGAUCAACCUGACUGCGAUUGUAUCCAUCCAGACCUCGCCUCCUACUCCGCCUACCAACACUACUACCGUCGCUAUCGUGCCUAGCAUUGGAACUGGUUCGCCCAUUGUUCGUAACACGACCAUUGUCUCGCCGACUCUGUCUGCUUCCUCAUCUUCAGGUGGAUCAAGAAGCACCGUUACCUCAGUUGUAACUUCGAGCUCGGGAACAUCAGCUCGUGGCUCAUCGGCCUCAACAUCAGCAAGCGCUUCAAGUACCGGCGCCGCGGCAACCAUGGGUCAAGCCAGCACUCCUGUCUUCGCGCUGGUCGGUGUCGCUGCAGUCUUCUUCUUACAGUGA